AUGGAGCUUGUGAGAGGCGAUUUCCAGCGAGUGCAUUGCGGCGUUGUAGGAGAUUUCCGGCGAGUGUUUGCGAAGGCAGAGCGAUUUCCGGCGACUUCCACCACCGUGCAAAACAAGAUGUCAGACACCGAAUCAGACUAUAGUCGUAGCCCAAGAGCGUUUGAUGGAGAAUCGGCAUUGGCGAGCUCGACCGCAGGGCUUGAUAGUGCAGAUUUUGAGGAGACCGAGGGAAGAGAAGUCACGGAGGUGUCUACCGAUACGGGGAGCACUUCGAGUGUGGAAGUAGUGGGGGCUGACGACGCCCACCCAUCGACAUUUGAUCAUCGAAUGGGAGAGGCCGAGGCCAAUGUGUUGGUUGCUGAUCCUAGGGAAUCGGUAAAGAUGCGGAUCCCAGGGCCGUUAGAAUCGCUGGGCAAUCCGAAGAGAGAGGUGGUCUUCUUCACGGAUGUCUUCAAGCACGGGCUUAGGUUGCCGCUGAGACAUUCGGUACAGAAGAUCCUGGCAGCGAUCGGCUACGCCCCUGGGCAGUUUAAUCCAAAUUUUUGGAUUACACUCUUGGGGACGGUCACGACCUUCAACAUAGCUGGUGAUGGGGAGCAUAGCUAUGAGCAAUUCGCCCAUCUAUACAGUGUGACGAGGGCGAAGAGCGCCGAUCAAGGGGGGUGGGUGCAGUUGAACUAUUUGUCGGCGGGGCAGAAGGGGCACUUCGUAGUCGUGGUGUCGACCUCGCAGAAGACCUGGCGUCGGCGUCGGGUGUUAGUGUCCGGAGCUUGGGAAUCGGCGCCAGGAGUGAUUGUAGAGAGGCAUAUCCCCACUUCCUUCCAGACAGUCGGUAGGCCCAUGGGGUGCCUGUCCUUGAAACGGCCGAUCGCUACGAAGAGGGAGAUAAAAGUGAUCAAGCGCGUUCGGUCAAGAAUAGCUGAGAAGGGUCGUGUGCACAAGGCUCUGCUAGACUACAAGAACCUAUUCAAAGCGGGUCUGAUCAGUGAGCCAGAGUACCUCCGAAGGAAGGAGGAAGAAGAGGAAGAGAGGCAAAGUAAUGGCAAGAGAGUGGGCAAUGUCCGAAGCGACGAGGAAGACACUCGAGUCGCGAGGCCGAAGACGAAGCCACCUCGCCAGGCCAAGGGUGCAUCGGCACAGGAGGGCACGCCGGGCGAUCGGCGGCGGGAGAGAAGGGUGGCGGAGGCCGACCUGAUCCGGGAGGCCCAUCUCCAGGUGACCGGAAAAAGGGUGAUUGAGGGUGCCCUCGAUGUGACCCCUCUACCGAAGAGGCCAAGGGGGCCGAAUGAGGAAGCAGCCAUCCUCGUGUCAGACGAGGAGGAUGCCGAAGCGGAGCCGGUGAACAUCACCUGCCCUCGAAAGGUGGCUGGACGUGCCUUCCACCUCCAAGCUACCGCUAACAUGGAGAUGUGGCUUAGCAUGAAGCGGGCUAUCAAUGCAGCCGAGCACGUCCAGAAGAAGCUGGCGAAGGUCGAAAGGGCGGCAAUGGAUGCCGAAGAGGCGAGGGCGAAGGCAGAAGAGGCAAAGGAGGCCGAGCGUCGGUCUCGGGCAACGGAGUUGGAGACGGCCAAGAAACAGGCCAUAGCUGAGUACCGAAACUCGCCGGAGUUCGUGGCAUUACUGGACAAGGAGGUGAUGGAGCAAUGCGAGGAUCUCAUCUACCGGUUCAAGCGCUUUAAUGCUGAUAAAAAACUGAACCUGAACUUCGUUCGGGAUCCGCCGCCGUUGCCCGAGAGGGUAACCGAGGACAUGGUCGAGGCGUACCUCGAGGCGUACCUCGAGGAGGAUGCCGAGGUCGAUUCCUUGAGUGGCUCAGAAUCGGACGGUCAGGAGGAAGAAUCGACUUCCCCUGCCGAGCAGUUGAGUGCCCGAGACGAUGAGGGGCCAGCACCCCCCGCUUCUGCUACCGAGGUCGAUCCUCCAACUCCUUGA